UGAAUUGUGGCUACUGUAUCACUUAUGAGUUGCAAGUGGUAGACUUAUUUUUACCUAUGAUUUCACUCUAACUCUGUUGUUUUUAUCAUAGUCAAUUAAUAUGCAAGUGGCUAUUGUUUUUUCACUUAUGUUUUUACCUAUAUUCUCGAUUAAUUUCUUUAUUAUUAGACAUGGAUUAUGAUGCAGAAAAUACAUUUGAACAGAUUCCUCAAGGAGAUAAUGGGAAAGGAAGUAACCUCCGAAAAUAAAAUGAAAUUGGCUGCAAAGGAUGAAGGGAAUGAUCAUCAUUUGGAUAUACCUAAAGUUAAAUCAAGCAAAGAAUUGCUUAGGAGGCUCCAAGUCAAACGUGAAAAAGGAAGCACUGUUGUGGCAACUAAGGCACCUUUGAUUGUCCCUAAUGGACAAUUUAAUUUGUCCAAUUUUGAAGUUAGAAGCCAGAAUAAGAACACUCUUAGUUCUAGUGUGGAACCACCUAUAAAACCUAGUCAAAAUAUGGUGACAGUGGAAGUUAUGAACGGUAAAAGGAAAGGACCAUUUCUGAGCAAUAAGGAAACAGUACAAACCAUUAAUGAGUCAAGAGCAAAGAUAAGGGCCAUUUCAAGAUCUUUGAUUGCAGUUCAAGCUAAGAAGAAUGCAAAAAACAAGGUAAACACACUAGGUGAAAAAAGUAAGUCAAAUCCUGAAUUGAUUAAAGCUAGCUUACAAGAAGUUGGGAAUUCAAAUGCUAAACAGCAGCCCCCUAAAAAGGGAAAAUCAGGAGAUGUGAGUUCUAAGAGGACUCAAAAUUUCAUGGGGGAAUGGAUGAGUACAAUUGACAUGUUUCAUCAGAAGAAUGCAAAAAAGGUAAUAACACAAGGAGAAAAAAGUAAAUCAAGGCUACAAUUACUUGAAGCUAGCUUACGUGAAGUUGGCAAUUCAAAUAAACAGCCACCUAACUUAGGAAUAUCAGGAGAUGUGACUUCUAAGAGGAUUCAAAAUGUCGUUCACAAAGGGGUGAAUAUAGUUGACAAAACUAAAGAAAAUCAAAAAUCUGUUAAGAGGGUAGAAGUGGAACGUGAUACAUCAAAGGGAAAUGAGAAAAAGAAAAGGCCAUUAACAGAAGGUUAUCCAAAUUGUUGGGAAUGA